AUGGACGGCGACACCGUCGAACUAGGCAACCUGCACCGACAGAUUGUUCACACAGAGUCGUCAGCCCACAAAGGACUGUCGAAAGUGGCGUCAGCAGUGGCACGGUGCAAAGAACUCAACUCGGAGAUACGGUACGUUACACACGAAGAACGUGCCUCUCCCGACAACAUUCUGGAGAUUGUCGCGCAGUAUGAUCUCGUGCUCGAUUGUACGGAUAACCCAGCAACACGGUAUUUGAUCUCGGACGCGUGCGUGGUGUUGGACAAGGUUCUAGUCAGUGGCGCCGCGCAGAGAGGCGAGGGCAUGCUCGUGGUGCUGAACUCGCCUCCUCGGGCCGGCGCUGCCGACAAAGGACCCUGCUACAGAUGCGUUUUCCCGCGUCCGCCGCCUCCAGAAAUGGUGCGCGGAUGCAGCGAGAUUGGAAUCUUGGGUCCUGUGGUGGGUGUCAUUGGGACUUUGAUGGCCGGCGAGGCGAUCAAGCUCAUUGCCGCGGGAAACCAUAAACAUGCACCCAUGGCAGGCCGGAGCCAGCACCAACAACCAUCACCACAAAAACAGCAGCAGCAACACACAAUGCUACUAUACAACACAUACGCCACCGAUCCCAAAAGCAUGUUUCGCACCGUCGCCAUGCGCGGCCGUCGGAAAGACUGUCUGGCAUGCGGCGAUGACGAGGCAUUAGCACUCAAGGGCGUGACUCGAAUCACAGCCGACGUCAUCAGUCAAGGACGGCUGGAUUAUCAGGCUUUCUGCGGUGUGGCUGAAGAUACCAAGGUACUAGACGAAGAGAACCGCGUGGAAGCGAAACAGUUUUUGCAAGAGAUAGAAGAGACGGAUGGAAGGAGGCCGAGCAUGGUCAUUGAUGUUCGCGAAGAGCACGAAUUCGAACUCGGUGCCAAAGUCCUAGGGAGCGUGAAUAUUCCCAUUUCGCGCAUUUUGAGACUCGGCGGCGCGGCGUUUGACGUGUUGAAGUCUCGCGUUGCAGUGGACGACGACGGCGACAACGCUGACGAUGGCGUUGACGGCAAGGAGGAUCAUGAUAGUCGAAAUGGCGUCGAAAGCCACGAUGACGGCCCACUCGAGACUCAACCUGAACCUGAACCUGGGUCUAAAUCUCAGCAUCGUGGUCCGGAUCAAGCUGAACUUGAAGGCCGAGUUGAACGCCGUUCAGUCUAUUUUGUCUGUCAGCGCGGGAACGAUAGCCAAAUUGCGGCGCAGAAGAUGAUUGAUUGGAUCCAAAAAGAAGACACGGACGGUACUACUACUGCCAAUGGUGAUCACGAGGACGAGGCAGCAGAUCAGACUCAGACAGAGACACGCGACCCAAAACAGAAGUUGAGGUCCUCUCGACAAGGAUGGGGUUGGAUCGGUGAUGUCAAGGGCGGGUUUGUCGCGAUGGAAAAGCAUGUCUUCCCUUCAAAUCCUCCGAAUUGA